GUAAGGUUACACUGUAUGGCUUGGGCUUUGUCGAGCUUCAUCAGUACAAUGCGUAACAGGGUGAUAAACUGACAUCUCCCAGCUGUGUUUUUACAGUAGAGCCCAAGGCCGAAACAUUCAACGAGUCGUUGUUAAAAUUCUGACCCAAAAUUGAUCUAGUGUUGGAGUUCAGAGUUGAAGACAAUCAGACGAGAAGCGAUCGGACUUUAUAUUCAUCAUGUUUCCAGGAAAGGGAAGACAUUACUUUAUGUUUGACGAUGGAAAACGCUUGUGAAUGAAUCGGAAGGAUUUUGUCUGUUGGAUUUACACUAUACGGGCUUUAUGGUUGAAUCUUGGGUUCAGAGAGCCUUUGUUUACAGGAUCAGAAAGAGGCCAGGAGUCAGUUCAUGUGAAUCGGAGAGGGGUGUCUGUGGUUGUUUAGAUGGUGAUUAGAAAGACAGGAAGGAUAGAUUGGGACUAAUAAGAAGAUCACGUUACUUAACCAUAAGCAGCGCACGUUACUUAACCCACUGAAACCAUGUCGCAUGUGACUGACUGGGAAGCGUCGGCGUCGAUAAUCGUAUAACCUGAGAGAGAAAGGCACGGACCCGCUGGGGUGACACAACCCCGCCACGGUGCCACCAUGGAUCUACUUGAGUGCCCAAUCUGCCUGUUCCUCAUGUGUGAACCGGCCACCAUGUCCUGUGGUCACUCGUUCUGCCGGAGCUGCCUGGGGAACUACUUGCCAUCCAGGUGCCCAGUCUGCAAGGAAAGAUUUAAACAGAGAGACGCCAAAAAUAUCAAGAACACCAUCCUGAUAUUCAGUGUCAUUGAGAAGUGCUGCCCAGAAGAAACGAGGAUGAAAUGCCAUAUUCUGGAGAAACUCAAAACCAGCGAGUUCACAGAAGCUUUACGCAUCGCGGAUGAAGGGAUACGACUAGCCCCUGGUGAUGUGAGUCUGAAGGUGUGGAGAGCAGAGGCCAGUAUGGGACUGGGACUGUUCUCUGAUGCCCUGAGGGACCUUGAAGACCUUUGCUUCGUUCGCCCCAAGUGGACAGAGGGUUUAUUUCGUAAAGGUAAUGCGUUACUGGAGAUGGGUCGUCAGUCUGAAGCCCUGAUCCAGUUUCACCGCUGUCUCAAACUACAGGCCGACUUCACUCCUGCCAAGAGCCAGAUUAAAAAGAUCCUGGAGGCGGAAGGCAUGUCAGUUCCAGAGGAGGUGCCCCAGAUCCUCCAGGUGGUGUCGGAGUACCUCAGAGACCCCUGCCCCCCCAUCACAAGCCUCUUCCCCACUGGACCCACACAAAGCCACACACACAGCCACGCCGAAAGCCUCCGAUUCCCUCAGGAGGAGGGGGUCGACGGGGACAGGAGAGGAGACUCUGAGAACGGGUCAAAGGUGAAACAUGGGACCAGUACUGAGUGCUGUCUCAGUCUUUGUCAGGCCGUGUCCUUCCUCCCUACAGCCGAGGAUGAUGAGGAGAUGAUGAUGAGGAAGGAGGAGAGGCACAGCAGGGGAGGCUGCAGUCUGGACAGAAGAGACUCUCUGAGUGUCCUCACUGUGUCUGACUUUGAAUGUCCCCUCUGUAUCAGGCUGUUCUAUGAGCCAGUGACCACUCCCUGUGGACACACCUUCUGCAGGACCUGCCUCGAGAGAAGCCUUGACCACAACCUCCGCUGCCCCCUCUGCAAACAGCCACUACAGGAGUACUUUAAGAACAGGAAAUACAACCCCACAGUGCUGCUGCAGGAGAUCAUGUCCCUCCUCUUCCCCCUGCAGCUGGCUGAGAGGAAGCAGGUCCACGAGACUGAGAUGGCCGAACUCUCCAAUCUAACUAAGGACAUCCCUAUCUUUGUGUGUGCGGUGGCGUACCCUGGCGUGCCCUGUCCUCUCCACAUCUUCGAGCCUCGUUAUCGCCUCAUGAUGAGACGAUGCAUGGAGACGGGCACCAGGAAGUUUGGCAUGUGCAGCUACGAACAUGGAAAAGGAUUUGCAGACUACGGCUGUAUGCUGGAGAUCCAUAGCCUAGAGGUGUUGGCUGAUGGUCGCUCCUAUGUGGACUGUGUGGGUGGAAGUCGCUUCAGGGUCCUAAAGAGAGGACAGAGAGAUGGAUACCACACUGCUGAUAUAGAAUACAUGGAGGACCACAAGGCUGAGGGGUCAGAGUUGGAGCUGUUGCAGAGCCUCCAUGACAGUGUGUAUGAGCAGGCCCAGGACUGGUACACACGCCUCAACACACGCCUCAGAGAACAGAUCAGCAGACAGUAUGGAACCAUGCCUGACAAGGACGACAACAUACAGGCCUCCAAUAACGGUCCAGCUUGGUGUUGGUGGUUGUUGUCAGUCCUCCAGCUGGACCCUGCCUACCAGACCACUGUGCUGUCUCUGCCCUCCCUCAAAGAUCGCCUGGGACACCUGCGCAUCGUUCUGGAGUACUUCUCCCAGAGCUAGAGAAGAGAAGGAGUAUGAAGGAGAUAGAGGGAUACAGUGAUACUUGGUUUCUGAUGCCAAUCCAGUACCCUACACAGAGGAGAAUCUCUACAGACCGGAUAAUAUGAACCAUACAGAAAUAAACACACAUCCACUAAUAUAUUACACACACACACACACACACACACACACACACACACACACACACACACACACACACACACACUAAUAUAUUAAACACAUACACACAAGCAGAAAGAGAUUAUUUUAUCACUUACAUAAAUACCAUAUUGAAUUGCUGGUGAAAGAGAGAAGUUUUUGUUUUUUGGAGAAAACUAACUCAAUAUACUUUCAAAUGACUAUAUACUAUGUUUUGACUGUCCAUAUACCAUGUCUUGACUGUCCAGCUCGCUAAUAAUUGCCUAAAUUAAAGCUAGACAGUCAGGGAGUAUCGUAAAUUCCCAAAACGAUGGAUAGAGGACUUUCUCUUGCAAAUUUUAAUGGUGAGGAAAUAAUCAAUAUUCAUUGCAGCUCUCUGUAACUCAUUGAAAACCAAAUGCAGCCCCCAGGGCAAAAUUAAUUUGACCCCCUGCAGUAGAGGGUUCAACUCAAUCUGUUCUUAUUCAUGCCAAAGGAUGUAAACCUGGUGUUAAUGUUUCAGACAACCACUAGGUGUCCCUGUUCUCACUCCUGUUUCCCCUAUCAGCCAAGCAUAAAGAACACUGCCUUUCGUCAUGGCAACUGACCUGCACUCAUGAUGUAAUCAGCUUGUCAUAAUCAGAUGAUCUGAUUAGUCUGACUCCUAUGGCUCUAAAGUGCUUGAUGAAAUGCUAUUAAAGGAGAGAUGAGAUGAUAGCGGGAUAGAGAGAGUGACGCAGAGAUCGCUCAGCCUUACAGAGCUGAAAACAACUUGAUUUCCUGGAUAAUGCACAGUAUGCUAUUAAAGAGUUUGGGUUAAUGUUAUGGAUAGUUCAGAAUAAUCAUGUUGUCUUUUUUGGGGGUUAAACCUUGGCAAGCUCCCAUAUUGUGACAAACACAAUGAGCAGCCAUUUGGUAUCUAACAAUCGGCCACUAAAUUAGGAUCAUCAAUUCUUUAUUUUAUUACUAGCACUAUAGUAUAAUUGCUAUUUCCGUUACUAUAUAUUUCCUGCAAUGAAGCAUCGUUACCAAUAUUGAAUAGGAUGUAAUAUUAGUGUGCUAUUGCAAUAAUGAUCUAUUAUGAAACAUCGAAACAGACAAAGGCACCCACCGCCUGGGUGAAAAUCGUAAUGUGAAUUAAAAGCUGCUAUUGGCUGACUUCUGUCUCUGUAGUGUUGAUGAAGAUGUAUUGAACAGGCCACAUCACAAAUUGGCACCUUAUUCCCUUCAUAGUGCACUACAUUUGACCAGGGCCUUUAUAGGACUCUGGUGGAAAGUAGCGCACUAUAUAAGUAAUAGGGUGCUAUUUGGGAUUCACCCCAGGUGUUAAAUAAGAGAGACGAGAUGGAGGUGGAAAGAGGAACUUUACAUACACCUUGGUCAAAUGCAUUUAAACUCAGUUUUUCACCAUUCCUGACAUUUAAUCCAUGUAAAAAUUCCCUGUUUUAGGUCAGUUAGGAUCACCAGUUUAUUUUAAGAAUGUGAAAUGUCAGAAUAAUAGUAGAGAGAAUGACUUAUUUCAGCUUUUAUUUAUUUCAUCACAUUCCCAGUGGGUCAGAAGUUUACAUAACCUCCAAUUAAUAUUUGGUAGCAUUGCCUUUAAAUUGUUUAACUUGUGCCAAAUGUUUCGGAUAGCCUUCCACAAGCUUCCCAAAAUAAGUUGGGUGAAUUCUGGCCCAUUCCUCCUGACAGAGCUGGUGUAACCGAGUCAGGUUUGUAGGCCUCCUUGCUCGCACAUGCUUUUUCAGUUCUGCCCACAAAUGUUCUAUGGGAUUGAGGUCAGGGUUUUGUGAUGGCCACUCCAAUACCUUGACUUUGUUGUCCUUAAGCCAUUUUGCCACAACUUUGAAAAUAUGCUUGUGGUCGUUGUCCAUUUGGAAGACCCAUUUGCAACCAAGCAAUAUAUCCACAUAAUUGUCCUCCUCAUGUAGCCAUCUAUUUUGUGAAGUGCACCAGUACCUCCUGCAGCAAAGCACCCCCACCACAUGAUGCUGCCACCCCCGUGCUUCACAGUUGGGAUGGGGUUCUUCGGCUUGCAAGCCUUUCAUUUUUCCUCCAAACAUAACGAUGGUCAUUAUGGCCAAACAGUUCUAUUUUUGUUUCACCAGACCAGAGGACAUUUCUCCAAAAAGUAUGAUAUUUGUCCCCAUGUGCAGUUGCAAACCAUUGUCUGGCUUUUUUAUGGCGGUUUUGGAGCAGUGGCUUCUUCCUCGCUGAGCGGUAAUUCAGAUUAUGUCGAUAUAGGACUCGUUUUACUAUGGAUAUAGAUACUUUCGUACCUGUUUCCUCCAGCAUCUCCACAAGGUCCUUUGCUGUUCUGGGAUUGAUGUGCACUUUUCGCACCAAAGUACGUUCAUCUCUAGGAGACAGAACGUGUCUCCUUCCUGAGCAGUAUGACGGCUGCGUGGUCCCAUGGUGUUUAUACUUGUGUACUAUUGUUUGCUUGUACAGAUGAACGUGGUAACUUCAGGCGUUUUGAAAUUGCUCCCAAGGAUGAACCAGACUUGUGGAGGUCAACAACAAAAGAUUCUGAGGUAUUGGCUGAUUUUCUUUAGAUUUUCCCAUGAUGUCAAGCAAAGAGGCACUGAGUUUGAAGCUAGGCCUUGAAAUACAUCCACAGGUACACCUCCAAUUGACUGAAAUGAUGUCAAUUAGCCUAUCAGAAGCUUCUAAAGCCAUAACAUCAUACAAGCUGUUUAAAAGCACAGUGAACUUAGUGUAUAUGAACUUCUGACCCAGUGGAAUUGUGAUACAGUGAAAUAAUCUGUAAACAAUUGUUGGAAAAAGUACUUGUGUAAUGCACAAAGUAGAUGUCCUGACCGACUUACCAAAACUAUAGUUGGUUAACAAGAAAUUUGUGGAGUGGUUGAAAUACAAGUUUUUAUGACUCCAACCUAAAGCGUAUGUAAACUUCUGACUUCAACUGUAUGUGUUUAGUACACGUGUCCACAGGCAUAUGUAUGUACUGUAUGUAAACAGUCUUUAGAUAGCAGUCCUCUCUCUGACAUCACAAAUAAGUUGAUGCUUUGUUGGGCAGUAGACACUACUCCCCCAGUACUUGCUCGCUCUCCUUAUGUGUGUGUGAUUGUGUGGGCAGAGACAGGUGUGCUGGAGUCAGAGCAAAUCCCCACCAGCUGCAACCUGUUCCAUAAUCAAGACCUCUAUAAAUACUCAGCCCAGCCACUUCCAUGCUGCUAGAUCGUGGUCUCUGCUCAGUCAGUCUACGGUUCUAGCCGUUUGUUACUAUUCAGAUCCUGUUAUGCCUGACGCUGUUUUCCUUUCCGCUACAGUUCUGCCUGCUCUGACUCUGGUCCCUGUCUCCAUUCCCACGUCUCGUAAUCCUGCUACUCUGUCCUGGAUUCCCCACUCUACUAAUCCCUUGGAUUCCCCUGAGGCUCCAGCCUCAACCUCUGCACCUGGUUUCCAGCUACCCGCACGAGCUUCCCCUGACUUGCACUCCAUCUCCCCCUGUGUUUCAAUAAAUACCUUGGUUACCUCAUCCCAGUCUCCUCGUUUGAGUCUGCUCUUGGGUUCCACUCCGUGUAACGGGCAUUCAGGCCAAAUAGUUCAAUCUUUAUUUCAUCAGACCAGAGAAUCUUGUUUCUCCGAGAGUCUUCAGGUAAAUUGUGGCAAACUCCAAGCGUGCUGUCAUGUUCCUUUUACUGAGGAGUGGCUUCCUUCUAGUCACUACCAUAAAGGCCUGAUUGGUGGAGUGCUGCAGAAAUGGUUGUCCUCCUGGAAGCUUCUCCCAUCUCCACAGACUAACUCUAGAAUUCUGCCAGAGUGACCAUCGGCUUCUUGGUCAUCUCCCUGACCAAGACCCGUCUCCCCCGAUUUCUCAGUUUGCCUGGCCGGCCAGCUCUAGGAAGAGUCUUGGUGGUUCCAAACUUCUUCCAUUUAAGAAUGAUGGAGGCCACUGUGUUCUUGGGGACCUUCAAUGCUGCAGAAAUGUUUUGGUACCCUUCCCCUGUUCUGUGCCUCGACACAUACCUGUCUUGGAACUCUACGGACAAUUCCUUCAACCUCAUGGCUUGCUUUUUGCUCUGACAUGCACUGUCAACUGUGGGACCUUUCUAUAGAGAGGUGUGUGCCUUUCCAAAUCAUGUCCAAUCAAUUUAAUUUACCACAGGUGGACUCCAAUCAAGUUGUAGAAACAUCUCAAGGAUGAUCAAUGGAAACAGGAUGUACCUGAGCUCAAUUUCGAGUCUCAUAGCAAAGGGUCUGAAUAUUUGUAAAUAAUGUAUUUCUGUUUUUUAUUUGUAAUACAUUUGAAAACUUUAAAAACCUUUUUUUGCUUUGUCAUUAUGGGGUAUUGUGUGUAGAUUGGGGAUGUGUUUAAAAAAAAAAAACAUUUUUAGAAUAAGGCUGUAACAUAACAAAAUGUGGAAAAAGUCAAGGUGUCUAAAUAUUUCCGAAUGUACUGUACAGUUCACUACCCACACAGAACCUUAGAGCCAACAGGUUCUGACCUACACACCAGCUUUCUGAAAACAUGCAAUACAGCAACAUCCAUGAGGUCCAGUGUAGGGCUAGAACCCACCCUAAUGUGCAGACUGGAUUACUACAGAUCAGUGGCUGUCAGACAUGUACACAAGUAUAUAACUCUUUAGCUGAUUGUUUGUCGAUGGAAACAAAAAUAACUUGAGUUCCGAUCAUAAAAACAUUGAUCACUUUACACUUCGGCCAUCUUGAAUUCCCCUAACUGAUUCAACAAGAAGAUACUUUGAUCAGGAACCCAUCUUGAAUUCCCCUAACUGAUUCAACAAGAAGAGACUUUGAUCAGGAACCCAUCUUGAAUUCCCCUAACUGAUUCAACAAGAAGAGACUUUGAUCAGGAACCCAUCUUGAAUUCCCCUAACUGAUUCAACAAGAAGAGACUUUGAUCAAGAACCCAUCUUGAAUUCCCCUAACUGAUUCAACAAGAAGAGACUGAUCAGGAACCCAUCUUGAAUUCCCCUAACUGAUUCAACAAGAAGAGACUGAUCAGGAACCCAUCUUGAAUUCCCCUAACUGAUUCAACAAGAAGAGACUUUGAUCAGGAACCCAUCUUGAAUUCCCCUAACUGAUUCAACAAGAAGAGACUUUGAUCAGGAACCCAUCUUGAAUUCCCCUAACUGAUUCAACAAGAAGAGACUUUGAUCAGGAACCGGUAAUAGUCUCCGUUGUUUAUCCUCAUAGUUGAUUAUGACUUCCUGUUCGCUAUCUGUUCUCAUGUAUCAGGGCUUUAUUCAGGAACCUGACUUUACUGUCAACAAUUGGGUGUAAAUUGAUUACAGUUGACUCCUUAUUGGAGAGGUCGGCCUCUAUUUUUCACAGUACAAUAGAUAUGCAUGUUCAGUUUCUUCUGAUCCCUUUUAAUUUAAUAUUUAACAUUCAGUGGUGUAUGUGCACACAGACAGGCGUUUUGGCUUCUGUUCCACACUACGUUGCUUCAUGCUAAGUAGCUAGCACAUUAGUGUGGAUAUUGGAUCAGAAUCAAUGAUUAUUUGAGAGUGCAUAUGGACACUAGUCAUCACCAGAGAUUUCAGAGGUAGUUUGUGUUUCUUUUCUGGCCAGUGUAGUUCUUUAUCUAAUGUGAUAUAUAGACAUUAAAUGGUAGAGAAAGGUAUUGGCCAUGGAAGCCAUUCUAGCCUGCUAGACCACUGUCUAAACAGUUGGUUGAUAUCCCACUGCUCUGUUGUGUACAAGCCCCCUGGCAACCGAUGAUGAAUCAUCAUAAAAUACCUGAAUGAUUUAUUUGCUUCCAUUAUCCCUGGAUGAUGACUUUUCAAAUGUUUAAUAUUAUAAAUAAAGUUAUUCAAAAUUAA